AUGUUGUACCCGGGGCUCCCUCGCGAGCCUCUCCGCCUGGCGCGUGCGGGGAGGAGGCGGAGGCGAGCGGGGCGGCGGGAGGCGCGCGGGGCUGCGCGCCCCCUUCCCCCCCGCCACGGCGCGCGCGAGGAGUCAGGCGGACGCGAGGGCGGGGGGGGGGGGGGGGGUCGGGUCCUCCGGAGCGAGCGGUUUGACAUUGCCGCCCUCCAGCGCGGGAGGAGCUACCGGAGCGGGACUCAAGGCCAGGAGAGCGGGGAAGUGGGAGGGACCAAUCCCCGCGUCGCGCUUCUAACAGGAACGCCGCGGCGACCUGUCACAGAGCGACAGGACCUAUUGGAUCAUCUGUGGGUUCCCUGUGUUCCCUUUGUGGUCACAAGCUCCCAAAUUGUUUUCAGUUUUACUGACAUUGCAGAGAGACACAUUCCAGAGUCCUACAUGUUUGUGCUGAUGACAAGAGAAUGUCUAUACAGGCAUUUUUCUGAGUACUCUAAAUAUAGACGACAGGAUUUUAUAUUGCUUGACCAUCUGACUUUUCAGAGAUUUGAAAAGAAUUGGCCUUCCACAGAGGGGAGCUGGGGGAGAGACAGACUUGAUCUUUCUCCACGGAUGUCUUUUACUUCCAGCGAAAGUCUUUGGCUUCUCAGAGUUUAAAUCCAGACAGAAGAAUAAUGCUCA